CAAUAUAGCAUAUUAUUAUUUUUUUUUUUUAACAAAAUGUCGUUGCCAACUUCUUGAACAUGUCGAGUGCCGCUGGAUGUAGUGGAAGAAAUGCCACAGCACCUAAUCGCCGUAUUGUUUUGGUGCUCGACGACGACAAGGUGCUAUUUCCUUAAAGUUUUUUAAAUUUCAUUAACUCUCAUAGCUGUGCUUGUUUCGUCAUCGACAAAUUUUUAUAGCAGAACAGUUCGUAGGAAAAAAUGGAUCAAGAUCGUGGAGGAGUACUUGAUGAUUUCGAAAAUGAUGUUGUUCCUGACUCAUGUGCAGACACAGAAGAUUCUGAUCCUGAUAAUCAAGUCGAAGGUGUAUACAAGAAACUCUGUAAGGGGGAAAAAUAAGUAAUGUUUUUCUUUGAAUCAGAAAGGGACGCUGAGAGAGAAAGACUGUGGCCUAAAAGAGUCCCCACUCUUUGUGUUGGCACGUGCAUAUUCGAAGCGCGUCCCGUUGCCUACAAUGCCUACCACGAUUUUGUCAAGGAGUAAGACUGAGCUUCCACUCCUUCUUGGUCUCCUAGAAAUCGGUUGCGUCCGUCCUCGCAAGAGGAUUAGGAGACCUCACACGUACAAACGGAAUCUUGCAAAAGUUGCUGUUGAAACCGGAAGUGAAAGAAAAACUGCGCGAGGGCGAGUUAUUCCAGAAAAAUCCUUCUGUGCACAAGUUAACUACAAAUGCAAAAAAAAAAUGUUCAGAGUUCAUCGACAUUGAUCGCCAAAGAGAAAUCUACACUGCUUAUUAUGAAAACUCUGAUUGGUCCCAAAAAACUUUACUCAUUCGGUCGUUCGUGUCUAUGUCCCCAAUAGCCAAAAAAAAGAGUGACUCUAACCCUGUUGUUGAAACCAAUAAAAGAGACUUGCGUGCAUUUACAGACUGCUUGACAGUAAAGGAAUUUCACACGUUGUGUGCCUUGAUUUUUUUCUGAAGGUGUUGCAAAUUACGCCAUCUAGAUUGUACAACUCUCUUCACUCAAUCACAAAAAAUGUAAGUGCUACUGAAAAAUGAGGGAGAGCAACGUCUGCGAAUAAAACAAAAGGAGAAGACACUUUGGGAGUAAUAAGAUUCAUCAACUUAUUCCCAAGAUAUGAGUCUCAUUAUGGACGUAGUCACUCUCAACGACAAUUCGUUCAUCCCGGUUUGAAUCUCAAGAAAUUAUAGAACUUAUACAAAGAAGAUCGUCAAGCGAAAGAGAAAACAAUCUUAAAAGAAUCAAUGUUUCGACACAUAUUUAACACUUGUUUUAAUCUGAGUUUUAAGCCCCAACACUCAGACACAUGUAAAACUUGCGACAAUUUCCAAUGCAUACUCAAAGGAACAAGCGUUUCCGAGGACAUUAAAGAAGAAACCCUUAGGAAAAAAGAAGAGCAUUCCAAUCUCGUUGAACGAGUCAACGCUGAAUUCAAGGAAGAUGUGCGAAGAGCCACUGAAAGGGAAGAUGCCAUGGUUUUAACCUUCGAUCUACAAAAAACACUGCCGACCCCUAUUCAUUCGUCGAAUAUUGUUUAUUACAAAAGGCAGCUGUGGACUUUCAAUUUAUGUAUUUACGAUGAAGUCAGCAAAACAGCAUACAUGUACGUAUGGAAGGAGUCGAUCGCUUCGCGUGGUGACCUCGAAAUUGGUUCGUGCCUUUUACGGCAUUUGCAGGAGAACCUCAAUCCCAACAUCAGUACAAUGAAGCUAUACUCUGAUAGUUGCGGGGGGCAAAACAAGAAUAUUAAAGUUUGUGCCAGGACAUAGUUAUAAUAGCUGCGACCGAAAUUUCGCACUUAUCGAAAAAGAGAAAAAGUUUCAUGCGGUUGUUUCGACACCGGACGAUUGGUUUGAAAUCAUCAGCGGAACUCGCAAAACUGCGCCCUUUUUCGUAGUGGAGAAAAUGCAACGCAAACACUUUGUGUCCUCGUCCGAAUUACAAGCGCAUAUUGUUAACAGAAAGAAAGACGUCCACGGGCAAAAAGUAAAUUGGUUGCUGACGGUGAGGAAGAUGAUAUGUAAACAACGAUGAAUAUGUGUAGAAUAUUUUGUUUUAAUGAUAGCGUAAAUUGCUUUGAUAAAAUUUUCUGCCUAAAUGACUU